CACCGCCACACGCGUCUCGGGCGCGGCCGGAGCGGAGCAGAGCGGAGCGGCCCCGAGGGCAGGAAACUACAAGUGACGAAGUUGAAUGUUUCCUUCAGCUGAAGAGAAUAUUUCCCAGGUCCUAGUGUGAAAAGGUGAAAAAGGGAACCAAAGGAUGUUGCUAGUAGGUAUGUACAUGACAGGAAGCCAUGACUAGCAGUGUGAUUGUCAACAGGAAACAAAAAGCCAUAGCUGAUGUGAUGCUGCCAUACAAUACACUUUCUGUGUCUUGUUGCCUGCUGGACUGUGUGGCCUGGGAACCAGUGUAUGUCUACGUGAGAUAUUCUCCUGUCCAUUCAUCUGCUGGAGUUUGAAUUGUUCUGCGUCUGGUUAAUCCACCUUGCUGGAGUUGGCAAACCCUGGGAUUUUUUCUUGACGCCUGCUACUGGAAAGGACUUCAAAAGCUAUGGGGAGAAAAGGGAUGUGUGAGCAACCUUCACCAGCUGGCAGCUGAGCGCUCUUCAGACCCAAAGGCACCUUUGAGGUAUCUCAGCUGUUCAGUGCUCUGCAGAUAUGAACGCUGAGCUUUUCUGGCACGUUCUCAUAUUGGCCUGGUCGUUCUCACCAUGCUAGUACCUGGGAAAGAAGACUUCCUCUCAGACAUAGCUUAUAUCAUCCUGGAACUGAUCAUUGCAGUGCUGGCCAUCCUGGGGAACAUCCUGGUCUGCUGGGCAGUCUAUUUGAAUAGCAACUUGCAGAACGUCACCAACUAUUUUGUGGUGUCUCUGGCUGCUGCCGACAUUGCCGUGGGUGUGCUGGCAAUCCCCUUUGCCAUCACCAUCAGCACUGGCUUCUGUGCCUUCUUCUAUGGCUGCCUUUUCAUUGCCUGCUUCGUCCUGGUCUUGACACAGAGUUCAAUCUUCAGCCUACUUGCUAUUGCCAUUGACAGAAUCAUUGCGAUCCGCAUUCCCCUCAGGUACAAUGGCUUGGUGACUGGCUCUCGAGCUAAAGGUAUCAUUGCCAUCUGCUGGGUAUUAUCUUUCAUCAUCGGCUUGACACCAAUGCUAGGGUGGCACAAUCGCGCCCAGAUUGAAGAGCUGGGUUCCAACAGGUCCUCUCCCAUCAACUGCAGCAACAGUAUGGUGGCAUGUCUCUUUGAGGCUGUGGUCACCAUGGAGUACAUGGUCUACUACAACUUCUUUGCCUGUGUGCUCUUGCCCCUACUCAUCAUGUUUGGUAUCUACUUGAAAAUCUUCAUGGCAGCCCGGCGACAGCUCAAGCAGAUGGAGAACAAGAUGGUACAUGGAGAGCGUUCUCGCUCUACUUUGCAGAAGGAAGUCCAUGCAGCCAAGUCUUUAGCCAUCAUUGUUGGGUUGUUUGCAGUCUGCUGGCUUCCACUGCAUAUUAUUAACUGCUUUACCCUAUUUUGCCCAAAUUGUGCCCAUGCUCCCCUCUGGCUGAUGUAUCUGGCUAUUAUCCUGUCUCAUGCCAACUCGGUUGUAAAUCCUCUAAUUUAUGCCUACCGAAUCAGGGAGUUCCGAUACACCUUCCGUAAAAUCAUCAGCCAGCACAUCCUGGGCAGGAAGGAGCCAUUCAAGGCAGGAACAGCCAGCUCCAGGACUUCCACUCAUGGUGGGGACGCAGAGAACGCCAGCAUACGAAUCAGUGAGUAUGCAUUAGAGGUAUACACCAAUGGAGAGAUCCACAGGGAUCCUGAAAAGCAGGACCUAAACAAAUGCAAAGCUGGCUUGGAUUGGCACCAGAAUGGAAAUGCUCUGGACAUGGAAACAAAUGGUCACCUGCUACAUUCCUGCAAAAAUGGGAUUCUUUCAGAUGUGUGCAUGAGCAGGGAGCUGCACAGCGAAGAGCUACUUGAUGCCCAGGUGUCUUACUCAGAUCUGGAAAAAGCAGCCUUGGCAGCAGCUGAUGUUUCCUGAUGAGACUUGCAAAGUCUUCCUGGUAGAAUGAUUUUUUUUUCCCAUUGGUGACCUCUGCCAUGGCAGAAAGGGAGGUUGGGGGGCGGGGGGAGAGGUGCACAUCUCUAUUGCUGUGGAGAAAGGGGUCCCUCCCCAGGACUGUUGGGAUGAUCCUAAAUACUAGACUGGAGAAAAGCCAAGAUACCACUGAAAUGGACUAAGGAAGGAGGAACACGUUACCCAUCAAUGACCUGUCACCAAGAGCAGUGCCGAGGUCAAAGAUGACAUUCCAAGUUCAGCACUGGGAGACCCUGCUGAUGCAGGGCAUAUCAUGACAUUAUGCUGUACUGUGUACCUGUGGUUGUAUGUUGGGUUUGCUGGCUUUACCAGCAGGAAUAAAGUGUGCCUGGAAGUAUUCACUGAACUGUGAGGAGCAGCAGGGAAGGGGCCAUUCAGUACUUUGGCCCUGCAACAAACACAAGGGGGAUAGCAACAUCUGUCGGUCAGGAAGGAUGCCAGCAGCUGCUUGGAGAGGGAAGGAAUUUACCUGAUGGGAACUUUGGAUACCUUGGAUACUUUCAACCAUGGCAUUUUGUCCUUCAGUUCAUGUUUUUAAAGCUUAUACUGCAACAGGUUGCUUGAAUAUUUUUUCUUGUCUUGAUAAGAUUACUUCUAUGUUAAGUUAUAAAAGAUGGGCCAGAACUCAUAUCCGUUCCCUGAGCACUCAACGUUCCAGAUGCACAAGGCAAAUAAACUCACAGCUCUCUACUUUGUUUAACAAAUAAUGAAAACGGAGUCUGUAAUAUGGAUUUCCCUUAGCAAAAGGGCUGUUAGCAGGACUUGAUGCUGCAGACAGCAGGCAAACAGGCCAGGUUGUGGUCUAUGUCACCAGGGUGGUCAUGCCUCGAGGUCUGUGAGCGGUCUGUAGGCUGGUGGGCGCUGUCUGCUUCUUCCCACCCUGUCUCUGUGUUUGACCUCCUGAGCUUCUAGAAUGCACAUUCUUUCCAUGGCUCCAGAUGUGUGUGAAGGGAGCUGAUUUUCUGUAUUUUGUUAAUUUUCAUCCUCACUCAAAAGGCUGUGUGAUCUUCUUUAUUGGGGUUGGGAAGGAACACGCACACAUACCUAAUGCUUACUUUUUGAAUUCCAAUGAGCUCUACUUAAACACCUUUUCUCCUGUGACUUCAGUUUUUUCAAGUGCUUUACUGUGAAGCCUGAUGUGUCCCUGUGGUGCAGAGGCCAACAGAAGUGGGUCUGUUUGGUUAGAAGGUGCUUCUCCUCUGAGACGCUGAAAGGCAUCGGUAGUAGAGGAAACCAGCUUAGGAACUGCAGUCUUGUGUAAGAGAACAGGCAAAUUCAUGGUGCAGCAAAUGUAUGCACUGGUGUGGUUUGGAGUAGAAGUAUUUCACAGCAGGUGGAUAAUUUUCUGGAUCAUUCAUGAAGCUUUGUAGCUCAAGGACAGCAGAAUGCUACGUUCAACUUGAAUUCUACCUAAUGAUUGCGUCAGUUUUGUUCUCCAGACAAAUAAUUCACAUCUAAUACCACCAGCCUUCUGGAGAGACAGGCGGUAAUGGUCCUACUGGAAAACUAAAAGUCUGCUAAUUCCAGGGAUCUGAAGCUUAUUCCCUGGCUGAAAACAUCAGAAAUAUCAUCCCCCCCAAACCUGGCUCCUCCUCACGUGUGUCAACUAACAUUUCAGAAGCCAAAUAAUCUCUUUUGCAGAAAGGGUAGGGGAACUGGAUUUUGAUAUUUGAGGAAGAGCAGGUUAGGUUUGUAUGUUCUUAUUCUAUGUUUAUUUUAUAUAUUGUGAACUAUUAAAAUGAAAAGUCAGUUUUAUUUGAGGAUAAUUUUCUUUUUUGCCAGUGUCCCUACAUGAAGGUGGAGAAUAGUUUAUAGUGCUAAAUGUGCUCAAGUACGUCACUGCUCCAGGCUAGCACAAGAGAUGGACAAAAAGAUGUGGUUGCCACCACAACCCUUAGCAGAAAGACAGGUAAAUUUGUAGAACGAUUGACUUUACAGUUUAAUUGAAUUGCUGCUUUCUUGGCACGGCUCUUCUAUGUAGUCUGACGUCAGAGGAGUGGAUUAUCACUCCAGCACCAUUAACACACACGAAGCUGUUUCCCAAGGACUGACAUUGUAGGUAAUUCCUCUGUAGGGUGACCUGGGAUCUUGUUACUCUUGGUGUUUCUGCAUUGGGUAUUUCUAUAGGUUAUUUGUGGGAUGGCUCCUCUGACCUCCUGUGUAACAGUGGCAGGGGAACUCAGUCAGGAACAUGGGGAUCUGAUCUCUUCAGGCCUCAACUGGGAGAUGAAAUGUUUCUAAGAAUAACACAAGAUUACAUCCGGUAUUCAUGUCAGUAACAAUUAGGUCCACAAAGAAGCAGAGCAGGAAAGGAAGUGUGGGAAAAUACCAGCAUCACUUAUGUGCUGGAACACACACGAGUGCAGAAGUGUCUCCUAUUGAACUUUAGUUGCCAUUGUAAUGAGAAGUUUCAUGCCACAUUGCAUCAGCCUUUCAACAGCUGAUGUGGGUUGCUAGCUUUCUAUUGUUUCCUGAGCUUCUUCACACUCAAUUAUGGCAGCUUCUUGCUUUGUUGCCACGAGAAUCAAGUUGAUCUAUGUUGAUGUGACAGGUUUAGGAUUGUCACUCUGGAAAACUUGCCUGCCCAACCAGAUUGCCAUGUAAGCUUACUGAAUUUCCAGAUGUCUUGAAAUUAGCUUUUCUGUUGUUGUAUGAGAUGCCCCCGAGUGUGUCCAAUCCCUUUCAAUAUUAGUGAUCCAGAUUUGACAGGAAUACAGUGAGUGAAGGGGCCAGGGGAUGUGUGCAGGAGGAAGUGCAGUGGGGAAAGGAGGCAGCAUGUUAUAUAUAGCAUUGGGAGUCUGCAGUCACAGGAAGGAAGGGAUGGCAAUUGCACCACAGGCUGUGUGGGCCUUCUGGCAAAUGUAUGUCUGAGAUGGACCUUCAGAAGCUGUUUCAGUCAUUGUGGGGAGCUCAACAGGCUCAUGCCUUUUGAACAGAAUUUUGGACUUCUUAUUUCUCAUUUCCCAGGGAUCACCAUUGCAAGGCUUGCUUUUGGGGGUUUUGUUGUUUAGUUGGGGUUUUUUUAAGGGAAAAAAGGAAAAAGAGCUGUACAGUCCCAUCUAUGAGAUGUGCUCUUCUGGCAGCGUUCUCCACUCUCAGAAAGUACCUGUCUUCCAAACUGCAUAGGGAUCAUUAGAAAAAUGAAAUUAUUUUUUCCCACUCAUCCCCAUUCUCCUUCCAGCUGCAGAAUGUUUAGCUGAUGAACUACAGCUCUUCUGGAUAAACAAAGAUAGUACCAAGACAAAGGGAAGAGUGAGGUGAUUUAUCAGGAAAGGCUAGAGAAGGCCUCCUCAGGAAUCCAAGGUUCAGUGGGUCCAGAGAGUAAGAGCUGGGGUAAGAAGAAACUGAUUUCAUUCAACUGGAGCUUCUUACUAAAAGUAGCUGAAGAUCCACAGAGAGAUGUGAUGCCUCAUUUGAUGUGAGGGAAUCCAUGAUUUGCACCAUUCCCUGAAGACUUUUUGGCUCCAGGGUCUAUUUGUUUUACAGGGUUUCAGAGAAAGUAAAGUUUGAUCAAUUGCCAGGAGUAAUUUUAUGGAGAGUUCUUCCUGGGGCCCCCUCCUCAGUAAGACACUGGGUUUUGUGUGCAAAUAAGUGCACUUAUAGCUUUGUCCUGCAGGGUUUCAUUUGGAUCAGUGAUAUUUCAGAGUUCUGUGUAAGCUUGAACUGCAGCUCUUGAACAGAGAAACAAUUCGGCAUGGUGAGACAGCUGGGGUUAGUGUAGAUAGACAAGGUUUGCCACUGGUCCCAGUUGGUGCUAAGAAGCUUAUUGUGCAGAUGGGCUUGGGAGUUACGUGGCACAGAGCCUGAAUCUUUGGUUGUUCUUUGAGAAGAGGCUCCAGGAGAUGCUGGUGGAUAUAGAAAAGUCUCUAAUGUGUGGGAGCAGAAUGGAAGGUUAGAGUGGGUGGGAAAUCUUGGUGGUGAAGGAAGAUUUGUAGGGGGGAUGUUUGGGAGGAUUUCAGGGGAGCAGGAAUGUGCUGGGAGGUGCUGUGGACGGCCCAGAUGGCACUGGCAUGAGACCAAGGUGGGACUUGCUGAGGAAGGACUCUGGAAAGGGUGUACAGUCUUAGAGCUCACCAGGGGUCACUACAGAGGAUCAGCCUUACCUGGUGCAUGCGAAGGGUUCAGUUCAUAAGGUCUAUUAGUGAUCAAGGUAGAGGCAGUUCUCGUGGAUUAUCUCCCUUUCAGAUACACUGUCACAUUUCAUGACUGUGUCUGGGUGCAACAAAACUCCUUCUGCUUCAUGAACAUGAGCCUUACCUAAAACUAAAUCAAUCCAGCUGUGUUCUGUGCAGAGGAAAAGCCUGCUAUAACAGUGCUGUGAUGCAUUAGAACUGUAGAAUACUCUUUAGUGGUCUUUGCUAUGUUUAGCUGCCUCAUAGUCAGUUCUCUCCCAGUUUGUUUUGGGACUCACACUGCACUGAGUCAUCCCAGAGUUUUGUCUUUCUAGCCCUGAGCUUUCAGCCUUCUUUACAGUAAAACACAUCAGAAAAAGUAAAAUCACACCGGUUCCUUAUCUGCAUGAGAGGUGCCUAACCCUGACAGACUGAGAAUCCCCAAACUGGAGCAGUGUUGUGUGUUACUCCCUGUCUUAUUUGUCUGCUGGGACUGUUCACACAAGGAUGUGUUAAAAUCAAGACUGGAACCUGUUGAUCUGAGUCCAUCCUUUGCUUCUCCCACUCUGUCUCAGGAGCUGGUGUUCCUGCCCUCAUCCUGUGGAGCGGUUGUCUCUGUGGUCUGCAAACCAAGACACUACGAACACCCUGCUGCACACGCUGUCACUAUAAAACAAUUACUCUUUUAAUUUAAAUGGUUUAUGAAUAUAGUUGUUGUUUUCC